CUUCCAAAAUAUAAUAUCCUUCUCUUUCCAAUGAAAAACUUCUUUAAUUGAAAUCUAAAAACUAUGUAUAUAAAUAAUCGAUACUCCAAAAUCCAGAGAGAUUAAGGAGGAGGAGAUGACAAGCAGAGAUGGAUCGAUCCCCGAUGACACCAUCACACGGAGCAUAAUCUGGUUGAAAGAUUCGUUCUUUCUCCGACAAGAAUGUCAAUAUCUGGGUUUCAUCUGUUCCUCGCUCUUCUACAACUCGCGGAAUUGUUAUUUUCGUUGAGAAUUUCUACAAUUAGAUUGAAAUUUGCAGGAAGGAUAUUGGGUUUUUAGAAGAGCGGAGUUGCAGAACAACUGUCCACGGAAGGUGAUCUCCGAUGAUGAAGAUUAUCAACAGGAUGCGAGAGAUUGGAUACCCUCCGUGUUACUUAGCUCCAAAAGAUGAUCAUUUGUCUGGAAUCACUAUAUUUGGAGAAGAGGAAGAGGAGGAGAGUCGUGAGGAAAUAAAGAGUGAAGACUGGAAAAUCUUGGAGAAAGGAACCCCUCCAGAGCAACAUAUGAAAAUGACAUUGGAGUUCCCAGGAAUCAACGCUCCUUUACCAGAAAACGUAAACGAGUGGCUUUGGGGUGCAGCGCCUUCAUAUAGGAGCAUCAGAAGCAACAACAUAUCAUGGCAUCAGAAAAGAACAAGCAGAAGGCAUGAUUAUAGAGACGAUGAUCAGCUCGGUUUUGAAUUAUCGAUUUAUCCAUCGAGGUAAGGUAGUAGAAAUGAUUAUGGGUAUGGCUCAAAAGAUUAUCGUUCUAGAUCAAGAAGCUCAUGCAUCGAAAGAAGUUAGAGGGAUUAUUCUUAUGAUCCUGACUUUUGAGACAGAGACAGAAACAGAGAUAGGAACAGAGACUGAGAUAGGGACAAGGACAGGGACAUAGAUAUGGAUAGAGAUAGGGACAGAGACUUGGAUAGGGACUGGGACAUGGAUGAUCGUGAUUGGUCUAAUAGAUUAAGAAGCAGAAGAUGAAUAUGUGAGAUUGUAGUUGUGUAUGUGUUGUGAUGUUAAAGGUUUAGGGUUUCAUUUUCUACUCUCUUUUUCUCUAUUUCCAUCUUUGUCUCGAUAAAUUGGAUCUGUUUGUUGUAUCAUAUCCAUGAAAGUGAAAGCUUUUUUAUGUUCAGGUUUUGGAUUUUAUACGCUUAGAUUUAGUUAAGGACAAGAUAUUAUGAUACUUGUAUGAAUGGCUUUUUUUUUUUUUGUUUCUUCGUGCAAAAGUUUUUUUGAAGCGAA